AUGCUGGUCACCUUUGAGCUUUGGUGCAUGGUCCAGCGCUGUUCUUACACUCUGGUGUGCCACAGUCCCACCUUCUUUCCUUCGGGGAGCUGGUGGGACUCCCGUAGUGGUGCAGUCCCCGCUUGCGAUGCGGAUGUGUGGUCCACCUUGCCUGCAGAUGUGUGUUUGCAGUUUGAGCAGGCUGGCUUUAAAGUGCCGGCCCCGAAGCAGGAAGAUGUUGACCUACUCAGCCUUUUGCAGCGCAACCGUGAUGAUCUCCCCCAGGAAGUCCUGGAUGCUCUGCCAGCAGCACCGGUCCCUAACCCAGUGCAGGAAGGCAAGGCUGCAGGUGUUGAGUGGCGCAACUCCGUCGGUAAGUUGCGCGACCUUGGCCAGCGUAAGUUGAAGCUGCAAGAAGACAUUGACCUGGCCAAGGCCAAUCUGAGGGCCCUGCUGACAAAGAUGCAGGACUUGCAAGCUUCCAUCCAGGAAGCACAGACUGAGGUCAACAAAGCCACUCAGGAUUAUGAAGCUAAGGUUCUCACACAGUGCGCAGAAGAGGCCAGUCAUGGAGUAGAUUCUGUGUUGCAGGCCCUGGGUAUCGAGGAGGACACCCUCACUGAGGCCCAAAAGCGCAGUAUCGCUGCUCUGAAGAAGGACAAUGCUGAUGAGGCCAAGCGCCGCAAGACCGAGCAGCAGGAUCGUUUCCCGCCUGGAUUGCUCCCGAAGUCUACGGCACCCCCGGCCGCCGAACCCCAGCAAAACGCCGCAGACGCUAAGGACUUGAACAGCCAGUCCGGCAAGGCGCGCAGUCGCUCGCCCAAGCGCGGUGACAAGGUGAGGUUUUGCGUGAUCUGGAAGUUUCGGAGCCAAGCGCAAGCCCUGACGCGUCAAACACCUUUUUCAAGUGCUGGCACUGUGGCCUCCCUUUCGUGCCAAAUGCCGUGGGAGUUCAGUUUUGCAUUUGCAGCCAGCAUUUGCAGUGCUGACGUGGGCCUGGCCGUAGCCUCACCACCGGGUUCGAGGCUCGGAUCUCCCUUGCAAGACCAGCCAGCCCAGCUCGAGGAUGGGUUUGUUUUCCCCAGGACUGUGUCCCGUCCCUUUUGGCCAUCCCCUAGCUGUGCCCUGACUGGCCCAAAGUUUUUCCAUCCCGCCAUGUUUCAUUCGCCGGAGGAGGGCGCCUCUUCGGAACCUAAGGUUGUGAAGAAACCAUUGGUCAGGGGACCGAUCAUGUCUUUCUUGGAAGAGCAUGGUUCCCGCUUUGACCAUGCUGCGCCAACCCCACAGGAUGCUGAACCUUUUCCUGGCCCACAAGGCUCACCGUCCCCUGCAGUGUGCAAGGUUGGGAAGAGCCUUGGUCGGUCAGGCUGGGGCUCUCUUCUCAACCUGAGUGCAUAUAAAGCCCUGCAUCCGGACUGGCACCAUGAGCCUGACCUAUUGCGCCUCGCCGAAGGGCUUGAGGAGCAGAGCCAGGAGGGCACCCUUGAAUACUGGACUCUUUUCAGGUCCCUGGAGGCCACCGAGGCCCGUGAUAAUAGCCUUGAAACCUGGGCUCGCAUCGCCAGAGCUUCGGAGGACCUGGUGCACUCCACUUCCAGAGGCCGGGCCCGUACCUUUACUUUCGUUUCGGCCAAUGUGACCUCCUGGAGACCAGAGCUCAGGCAGUGGUUGGUUUCACUGCAGUGUGACGUAGCCCUGAUUCAGGAGCACCACCUCUCUGAAAAGGCCUUUCAUGCUGAAUCGGUUGCCCUAGCUAAGGCAGGCUAUCAUUUGCAUGGCCAGCAUUCUCCCGCCCGUAAGCGCGAAAUUGGAGGUGUGAUGGUCUGUGUCAAGGCUCAUUUGCAAGCCAGGCACGUUCAUACCUUUCAAGAUCCUGAAACGGGCUGUGGCUUUGUUGCGAUUGCUGUCCGGGUGACCGGCUUCGACUUAGCCCUCAUCUCUUUGUAUCUCGAGUCAGGUAGUUCCUUCGAAGGCCGGACCAACACAGUGGUCCUUUCCCAUCUGUAUGGCGUGCUGGCCUCGCUCAAAUGCCCCUGGUGUGUGGUGGGGGACUGGAACAUAGAUUCCUGUGAGGUCCUCGCCACCAGGCUUGAGGACCUCACCAGGGGCCGGCUCCUUGGAACAGGAAUGCCUACGGCUGGCACCGCAGCAGAGCUAGAUUAUGCACUGGUCCACCCGCGACUAGCCUCACAUGUCUCGCUUGAGCUUGUUUGGGAUGUCCCUUUCAAACCGCACGCCGCUCUGAUGUGUACCCUUCCCCUCAAGCCGCUGCAGGACCUGCAACCAAACCUGAGGACCCUGGCUGACUCCUUUGACCCCAUCACAGAUGACCAGCGCCUUUUGACACCGACGGUUGUCUCCCCGCAGCAGGUCGUUUUGCUUGAGAUUGAAGCAAGUGACCCCGUGUCUCUUGCGUUUGCGGAGUUCUCUGCCACAGCUGAGGCGUCUGGUCUGUUGGGAAAGAAUACAGGCAGGGGGGUUCACCUGCCCACGGUCCGCCAGCCGGCAGUGUCACAGCCAGCCCAGGAUUACCAGUGGUUUGGGCAAGAACACGCGGUCUGGACUCAGCUUGCGACUAGGUUCAAGGCCGGGGGUCCUAGCCAGGUAGUCUUGCUGCUGCUUUCCAAUCUUGCUCCCGAGCAUAAGCAGUGGGUAACGGAAGUUGAGGCUGCCGUUUCUAACCAACGUGAUCUCACGAUCUUUGUCUCGCGAGCUGAGACGCAAGCCAAAGCUGCCAUGCAAGCCCAGCAAAAGGAACAGGCCAAUUCUUAUCAAGCUUGGCUGUCGGGGGCUCUGUCGGCAGGUAUGGGGCCAGUGUACCGAGCUCUUAAAAGCCAUGAACAAACUCUUGCUCGGCCCUUUAGAGAUCAGUCAGCUCUGGCCCGAGCCUAUUGUCGCAUGGAAUUCUGGAGCCACAUUUGGGAUGCGACAAUUGUUCCCCCUCAAGUCCAAUUUUCUGCAGAGCGCCUCGCCUUGAGGGCUGAGGCCUCGCAGCAGGCACAGGACCUUCCAUCAUUGGCUUGGGAACAGGUCAAGAAAGUGUGCUUGGCCACAGGUAAUAAGAAAGGCGGCCUCGACGGUUGGUCGUACCGGGCUUUGCGAAAUCUCCCUGACUUCUGCUAUAAGCAGCUUGCCGAGCUUUUCUCCCGGGUUGAGGCGGACCUCACCUUGCCGCUUCAAAUGCUAACGGUCCAAGUAGCCCUCCUGGCAAAAACCCCUGAGAAAGAGCGCCCCAUUUCGCUCACUUCGGUACUUUGGAGAGUUUACAGCAAACUGAGGCGCCCACUUCUGGAGAGCUGGCUGAAGUCGUAUGCUGCUUGUGCUCCUUUCGACUCUGCUACACCAGGGCACACCUCACUUGACCCAGCAUUAUCCCGUUUGAUAAAAGCUGAAGACCACAAAUUUCGCAAAAUCACCUUCAUCACCUUAUUUGUUGAUCUUGAAGGCUUUUAUGAUGGUAUUGAUUUUUCCCGCCUGAUCGCCCAGGGAAAAGCUUUGGCAUUUCCACCUAUGCUUUUGGAAUUAUGUCUUCAGUUAUAUCAUGGGCCACGUUGUCUCCACGGAGAAGGCGUCAGCACGGUAGCUCUGUGGCCCAAAAAGGGCAUUUUGCAGGGGUGCCCGUACGCGCCCACGGUUGCCAAACUCACCACUCAUGCCCCGUUGCAGGGCAUUUCUCAGCAGCCGGGUGUUAGUCACGCUGAUCUGUGGCUAGACGACAUCAGUGUUGAUGUGUCACAUGCUGAUCCGGAGGUCGCAGCCUCCCUUGCUCUCUCAGCUUCCAGGAAGCUGGAACAGCUUUUGUCAGUUGAAAAGCUUCGCAUCAACAAAGUCAAGACAAAGUUUGUAUGCAACAACGCUCAGGCGACGAAAGCCUUGAACAGCCUGCGCGGUGAUGCCGAUCCCCAGGUUGCGGACUUGGUCCGCGAUCUGGGAGUUGAUUCAGCAGGCGCCAAACGCCGACGACUAACACAAGCCUUGAAACGUUUUAAGGUUGGCCGCGCACGCAACCAAAAACUUCACCGACUCCGUACUGGGGGUAAAGCGCACAGGCUGUACGCCACCUCCAUCCUCAAGGCCGAGACCUAUGGAUGUCAGGGACAGGGGAUUUCCCCCAAGCGGCUUAAGGUUAUCCGUUCUUCCAUCUCUAGGCACGUCGGACGGUCCAAAUGGGGUUCGGUAGAUGUGUCACUCGACUGUAUGUCUUUCCAGUGCCAGGACCCCCUGCUUACAGUUGUUCUAGCGCAGGCUGACGCCCUGUUUCGUAUGUUUGGCCCCUCCACGGCGCAGGGCUGGGUGAUCCUAGGACGCACAUGGAAGGUGGCUUGGGCGCGACAGGAAGCGGCCGUGCAUGGCUGGAAGUGUGUUGCCGGGCCGGUCGCCGCCAUGGUUCAAUACUGCAUUGACUUGCGCAUUAAUGUCAGUGAUCCUCUGCGCUGGGUUCAUAGCAGCGGGGUUCUUCUGCUUGAUGUCGCUAAUCCUGCCCUUUUCUUGUCAGUUCGUCGCUUCCUCACUCAGGUCGUCGCACUUGAAAGAACGCUCCGGUUUGGUGCGGUACCCACGGCUCACGGGGCCCAGCAGGGCGUCGACUGGUCAGUCCACCGGAAACUUUUGAAGGCUUCAAAGCCCUCGUCCCCACGAUGGGCUUUUCAUGCAGUUUGGCAAGGACGCACCCUGCACUCGGGUAAUGGCGGCCUAACGCACUGCUCCUGUGGCGCUGAAAAUUCUCUCCAUCAUGUUUACUACGAGUGCCCUCUUGCGCCUGCUAAACUUAGCCCGAACCUCCGGGGCUUCCAGCGCCGCCAUGAGGAGCCGUGUUUUUGGCUAAGGGGUAUGGUUCCCCGAGCUUGGACCACGCCGCAGCUGUCUAGCGCAGCGCUCGAAACUCGAGUCACGGGGCUCUUCUGCCAUCCACCGGUAAAUGCCGAGGGGUUGUUUGUGUCCACCGAUGCCAGCGGAGGACCCAAUACAAGGGACAGUCGCUUGAGAUGCGUGGGCUGGGCAGUUAUCUUAUGUGAAAAGUGUGAGGAUGGCCUGAAAGAAAUCGGUACAAUCUCAGGCUUGCUCCCCCCGGGCAGCACUGUGCCUCAAGGUGAGGCCUACGCGAUCAUUCAAGCACUCAAAGCAACCACAGGCAGCUUCGACCUCACGAGUGACUGUCAACCUGCGAUCCGGGCGCUGCAGGCCCGCAAGCUCACCGUCCAGCAUGAUCCGGACUGGGGGCUUGUUUGGCAGGAUCGCUCUCGAGCCCAGCCGACCUGGGUACGGAGCCACUGCACUCCCGAAGCCUUCGAGAAGGAGUUCCCUUCUCAGCAGUGGCGACGAGUACUCAACGAAAAGGCUGACUCCCUGGCGGGUCGUAGGGCUGCAGAGGCCGUUUCGCCUCACUUUGUGCGCAAGGUGAAGGAGUUGGACCGGGUUGCGCGCGAGCUAAACCAGUUUCUCGCCUCUAGGGCUGAGAAACUGAUUAAGGACAAGACGCAAGGUUUUGUUCCCAGAGCCGCCAGAGACUCCCAGAGCCAGUUUGAGAAAUCUAAGGCAAGGGCGACAACUGUUUCGACCACCCAGAACAGUUCUUUACCUAACAAAAAACAGCGCCUGAAGCAGUUGCUGGACUCCCCUGAUCCAGCACUUGGUCAUGAUUGGAAAGCCCGCGAGACUAAGGCCGCCAACAACUUCUCGGUUGGUGGAGUCUCCACCCGAUCCAUUGCCAGUGCUUUUCAAUCUGCCAGCACCUUCGGUGCCGGCCCUAUGCCAGAGCGUGUUUCUGCAGUUCCUAAGCUUGGCCUUUUGAGCGCUGCCCAGGUCAACCCUCCAGCUGGGCCCGUCGCCUCCUCUGCAGCGGCUGCCCCAAGGUUGCCGGAGUGCCAAGGCGAGGUCACUCAGUCCACAGGAGUGCAAGGAGCAGUUGGUCAGUCCGUUUCUGUAGGUUUGCGAUCUCAGUUAGGCAUGCCAGCAGCUGUUCCGCCAGCCCAAGGCCUGCUAAGCAUGGCGCCCAAGCAAGAAGGGCGGCACAUAUCCACGCAACUCCGCCGUGAGGAGCGGGGACUAUCAUGGAAAUCAGCGGCGACGAUUGACCGACAGCGGGGACGUAAGAAAGCCCGCAAACAGAAGAAGCGCCGCGAACAAUAUGAGCACGCUGGCAGGAGAACUGAGGAGGCUUGGCCGCCCCCACCACCUCCACCAGGACCUCGUGCGGAGGCGAGACAUCGUGAAGCUGAAGAGCUGCCGUACGACUUGGAGGAGCCCUCGCCUUCAGGGCUGAGGGCUCCCUCCACUGCGGCUGCUUCCAGCAGCCAGGGCCCAGCACGGGAGGAGCCCUCGCCUUUAGGGCUGAGGGCUCCACCCCCUACUGCUGCUGCAUCCAGCAGCCAAGGCUUACCUUUGCAACGACUUCCAGAAGCUGAAGAGCCACCGGUGGACCAGGACGACUCCAGCAACUGUCUUCAAUCUGACAGCAGUGAGACACCACAGCCUGCAGUCGCGCUGAAAGAUCGCCCAAGUGACUUUGGCCCUCUUCUUCAUGAGGAUGGCCUAAUCACUUUCUUAUGUGCAGCUGCGCCCCAGGUGAAGCAUCCGGUGAACCACUACCAGUGCCUUCCGGAAAGCCUUGAAGUUUACCAUGACUUUGUCACUGGUGGGCGAACAAAAGCUGCUCGAGCGAGACGGCUGGGGUUCGGAAAGUCCCGGACAGUUUACGUUGACCCUGGCUCCUCGGAACACGUUCUGAAGUUGGCGCCUCCACAAGGUCACGGGCCAGAACCGGAAGCUUGGAGACUGCUCCCUCAUAUAGUGCCGUGCACUUUGGAUGCGGGUAUUCACCUGCUCACGCUUUCUUGGAAGAGCUGCUAUGAUAUCAUCUCCACGCAUGUUUUGAGGCAGUCUAGGCUCACUCCACUUUCGGUGUGGAGGCCAGCUCCGCCGGACCUUGAUAUGGUCCGCUACAUGAUGGCACUGACUGCGGAGGCCUCCCGUUUCUACAAUCUCAAGGAUCUUGGCUUUUUCAACUUUGGUGUUGAUGCCCGUGGCUUCAUUAUGAUGUGGGACACCGCAGACUGGCUUCCAUGGGAGGGUCAAAGGGCACACUGGCCGAACAGACAGCGUGCCUCGGCUUUCUGGAGCGCGGUCAAGAGGAGUGUUCCAGACCACUUUCAGGAGCUACUCCAGCUUGUCAGCAACGCCUCGCCUGAGGAGGUGCUGCAACGGCUACGACCACUCCUUACGCAGCACUACAAGUGGUGCCUGCUACAGCAGGGAGUUUUCCUUGGUGACUAG